GUCGUUCGCGGUAGUGUGAGGCAUAAACGCGCCGACACCACACCCAGCGUGACCACCAUUGCGACACAGGACACGGGACACGGCCAUGCGCGUCGCGGUGAUCUUGUUGGCAUGCGUCACUGCGUUGGCUUCGGCCCAAUAUAACCAAGAUGUAGACAGUUUACCACAAAAGGGUCCGCCUUUGCGAUCAGCACGUUUCCAGAGACUGCCAUCUGCUCGACCGGCACUUCCAACGCAGACUGCACUAGCGAAUCAACGAAUUCGUCGUCCAAUUACAUUUAGACCCAGAGGACCUGAAGAUAAUAUCGGAACAGGUCCAGGCUCAUACGCACCAAUCAAAUCACUGCGACCGAAUUUACCUACUGGGCCAGCGCCACCUCCCCCACAAGUUAAACCGGUAAACGAGGAACCAGAUGAAGAAAUUCGAAACCGCGAACCUUCUCGAGAACGCGAUAAUCAGGACGAUGAUACUGAUUUAAGCGACGAGCCACUAGACAGCCAAGAAGAAAGUGAAGAAAACCCACCACGCGCUGUUGGAAAUUUAGGUUCAGUAGGCUCUAUAUCGAGGACUUCCUCCAACAUUGGCCCAACAGCUCAAACAGUGCAAUAUCGUCCCGUUCCGGGAACAGGAAGUUCAACUGGCAGAGGAAAUGGUAUACCAACUGCGCCAGCAUCAGCGCCAAUUCAAUAUAGACCGGCGCCCAAACCGAACAAACCAAGAAAACCGAUAGAAGAAUCAUUUAAGCAACAGGUGAAACCACCUACGAAACCAGUAAAAUCAUCUCAAUCAUACGACAGUCGUGGAAAAAAGCCCGUUGCGCAGAUUAUCAGGCGAUAUCGCAAUGAUAAUCCGGAUGGUUCGAUCACUUGGGGCUUCGAGAACGACGAUGGAUCGUACAAAGAAGAAAUAAUCGGUGUUGAUUGCAUAACCAGGGGUAAAUACGGCUAUAUCGAUCCAGAUGGUAUUCGUCGAGAAUACACGUAUGAAACUGGAAUCAAGUGCGACGAAGAACAACGAGAUGAUGAAGAGAACGGGUUUGUGGACUAUCAAGAGAACAAAUUGGUACUUCCUGAUGGUAAAACUAUAGAUCUAUCAAGUAUGGGUAAGAAACAAGCUCGUAGACCCCGUUUCCUUCACAGGAAUUAAUUAUAUUUGUUAUGUAAUGUUUUUUGUUUCCA